CACAUACAAUGCCGACGCCAUCAUCCAAUCCGCCUGUCGAGGCAUCUUCGCCGCGCUCCUAUAGUUUCUCAACAUGCCCUGACGACGCACAAAGUCAACCACACCCUGCCUGGCAAGCACGCGACGAAGGCCAAGCUCGUGCUGAUGACGGUGGUAUCCAGUCUGGCCCCGGCCUUUCUGUAGAUGGUGCAUCACCGCUCACUGUCGACGCGCCGACUGCACCUGGGUGCCCGAAUGACGAUACCACCAUGUACGACGGGCGCCCAUCAAACGACCUGUCUUCACGAUCCACCACUAUGUCCCCACGCCCUCAAACCGCCACUACUGCCGCAACAACACCUAUGCAUGAAGGGUCUGGGCCCGAAACGAAGGGAAGGGACGCCGAAACCGGCAACCAGUUGAGUCAAGAGCCUCCCAACAACACACAGCGGGCCAGUGAACCCCAAUCAGCCCCUUGUGAAUCAUCUAGGCGGAGGGGGUCACCGAAUCGGGAGUGGGAGUGUGUUGAUUUUGAUGCGCAAGAAGAUGAACUCUGGUCCCCAUCCAUGGGCCCUGACUACUCAUGUAUACGGACUAUUCCAUCAGCUCCGUCUUCCUACCUUCGGCCAGGUAGCAAGUUCCACGGUACACAACAGUCGGAACGCCAGGUCUACGACGUGCAAGUUGAAAUCAAACAUGUCGACAUGCGAGAGUCUUUCCUUUGCGGCUAUCUCCGGAUUCAAGGUCUGACAGAGGAUCAUCCCACUCUUACAACAUAUUUUGAGGGAGAAAUCAUCGGAUCCAAAUACAGCUUUUAUACUCAGCACGAGAACUGGGGCGCAAAUAGCAAGGUUGACUUGAGCCACUGGGCGAAAUUUACAGCCUUUCGUCCAUUUCAGAAGCAAGCCCGUAAGGGACCUGUCAUCAUUCGCGAUGCCGCCCAACGAGAAACUAUCUUUAUGCGAUGGAAAGAGCAUUUUUUGGUGCCAGACCACCGCGUCCGCACAAUAUCUGGCGCCAGUUUUGAGGGUUUCUAUUAUAUUUGUUUCAAUCAGGUUAAAGGCGAAGUAAGCGGCAUAUAUUUCCACUCGAAAAGCGAAAAGUUCCAACAACUGGAAUUGAAACAUGUUCCCGAUCGAGGAUGCUUCGCUGCAACCGAGUUCCGCUAAGCAUAUUGUACUUUCGGGGCAAUGCCUGCGGUACAAAUUUGGAGCGUGACAUUGCCACGUAUAUAUGGGCAACUUACCAAGACCGUUUCUAUGAAGGUAUAGGAGGUCGACACUAUUACAAUACAUAGAUGAGGAUACAGGGAGCUAUGAAUCUGGUAUUAUGACAACUUGACGAACAUGCACGAACUCCAUUGCGAGCCAUAUCAGUGUUUGGGAUUUGUUUUUUUGGGGGCAGCCUGUCACGUAUGAAUCUGGAGCACAGGAAAUUCUUGAUGGGAGUAGAGCGAAGUCUUGUGAAUGAGGUUUUAUUCGUCUACCUCGAACUUUUUGAAAUAUCCGCGCCGAAAUGGGUUGAGCUCGUCUGCUGAUGUCCCCUCCAACUUGAGUUUUUGUCGGUU